GAACAACGGGAGAGCCUCAGCGCUUAGAGCGAUUCCAGCCUCAACCCAUCCAGUCAUCCUCUUCCUUGUCAUGUCCUCUUGUCUUGCAUCUACAUUCACUGCCUCGCACCUGCAUCACAGGCGUUUUGUUGUUUCACCUGCUCUCUCUGCAAGUCCGGGUCCAAAGUACUUCAAACAAAUUCUGUUCUCGGCCUUCGCUUGAGCUUCUGGAUGAUAUCCAGUAGCUGCCCCAGUUCGACAAGGGCAUCUUUAUUAUCCUCACCUAUUACUUCCAAAUUCACUAAACAGUGGACCUUGUCCCAUCCUGCCUAUCCUCGUCUCUGUUUGACCAGAGCCAUAACAUACCUGUCGUCCUGCAACCAUCCCCCUUCUCUCCCACCCUCGUCACCGUUACACCCAGUUGCUCUCCGCCACACCUCAAGGCUCUUACCCACCACCCUCAGCCUCUCAAUCUCCCCCGCCUCCUUACACAAUUCCCAUUUCUCCACCAUGUCCGCGCAUGGAGAGGCCCGCCCCAAGCGGAGGUCGAGUCCCAUCACUGCUCUUGAACGACCCAAAAAACAGUGGAGGCCGGAAAAUGGCGUCUCAACACCAGGGGAUGCUACCCCUCAAAAGGGCUCAGUUUACGACGUCGAGGCAGAUUCUAGCUCGGUUCCCAUCGUCAAUGCCAUCGCCGCAGCUGGCGACUCCCCCGAAUGGCAGGCCACCAUCGAAAAGGUCAUCAAAAGUGUCGUCUCUAUUCAUUUCUGCCAGACCUGCUCCUUUGAUACCGACAUCUCUACCUCCAGCCAGGCAACUGGUUUCGUUGUAGAUGCAGAAAAUGGGUACAUCUUGACCAACCGACACGUUGUCUGUGCGGGGCCAUUCUGGGGUUACUGUGUGUUUGACAAUCAUGAGGAAUGUGACGUUCGUCCCGUCUACCGUGACCCGGUCCAUGACUUUGGCAUCCUGCAGUUCGACCCCAAAGCCAUCAAGUAUAUGCAGCUCCAGGCCUUGAAAUUACAACCUGAAUCCGCAAAAGUGGGGGUCGAAGUGCGCGUGGUUGGCAACGACGCCGGCGAAAAGUUGAGCAUCCUGUCUGGCGUCAUCAGUCGUCUGGACCGCAAUGCUCCCGAAUAUGGUGAGGGUUACAGUGAUUUCAACACAAAUUACAUUCAGGCUGCAGCCGCAGCAACGGGGGGUAGCUCUGGUAGUCCAGUCGUAAAUCUCAGCGGAAAUGCGGUGGCGCUACAGGCUGGUGGUCGCGUGGAUGGGGCGGCAACAGAUUACUUUCUCCCUCUGGACCGUCCUUCAAGGGCCUUGAAGUGCCUCCAGCAGAACUUGCCGAUUACCCGAGGAACAAUCCAAACUCAGUGGAUGCUGAAGCCUUUCGACGACUGUCGAAGAUUGGGUCUGACCCCGAAUUGGGAGUCAGAAAUCCGCAAGCACUCACCUACCGAGAACAGUAUGUUGGUGGCCGAGAUUGUCUUACCUGAAGGCCCUGCCGACGACAAGAUCCAGGAGGGAGAUGUCUUAAUCAAGGUCAAUGGAGAGCUUUUAACAUCAUUUGUCAAGCUGGACGAUAUUCUCGACUCAAGUGUGGGAGAGACUGUCCACCUCCUUUUCCAACGAGGCGGAGAGGACCGUGAAGUCACACUCGAGGUACGUGAUUUACAUGCAAUCACCCCGGAUCGAUUUGUCACAGUGGCUGGUGGCAGCUUCCACAACCUCUCCUACCAGCAGGCCCGGCUGUAUGCAAUUGCAUGCAAAGGCCUCUAUGUGUGUGAAGCCGCCGGAUCCUUCAAACUGGAUAAUGCCCUGUCUGGAUGGAUUGUCGACACGGUGGAUCAAAAGCCUACUCCUGACCUGGACACGUUUAUUCAAGUCAUGAAGACUAUCCCCGAUCGCGCCCGCGUGGUCAUUUCGUAUCGCCACAUCCGAGAUCUGCACACUCGGGCAACCAGUAUCAUUCACGUGGACAGACAUUGGCACCCGAAGAUGAGAUUGUCGACAAGAAACGACAAGACCGGCUUGUGGGAUUUCCAAGACCUUGGGCUUUCUCUACCCGCCGUGCCCCCCGAAGCAAAGGCAGCUGAUUUUAUUCAGCUCGACGGGGUGAAUCUCCCAGCUGCCGCCGAGAUUGUGCGGUCGUUUGUCAAGAUAUCCUGUUAUAUGCCGGUCAAGAUCGAUGGAUACCCACAGGCCCGUCGCACCGGGUUUGGGCUUGUGAUUGACGCUGAAAAGGGCUUGGUCGUGGUCUCGCGUGCGAUUGUACCAUACGAUCUAUGUGACAUCACCGUGACUGUGGCGGAUUCCAUCCAAACAGAAGGCAAGGUUGUGUUUCUCCACCCCUUGACCAAUUACACUAUCAUACAGUAUGAUCCUAAGUUGGUGCAAGCACCUGUGCAGAGUGCCAAAUUAUCGUCGGAGAUGAUCAAACAGGGCGCGGACACUAUCUUUGUCGGGUUCAACCAGAAUCACCGUGUGGUUGUGGCCAAAACCACUGUGACUGAUAUCACCGCAGUCGGAAUUCCUGCAAAUGCAGCCGCACCCCGAUACCGGGCAGUGAAUCUGGAUGCGAUCACGGUAGAUACCGGUCUAUCUACGCAAUGCUCUUCCGGAGUAUUGAUUGGGGCUGACGGUGUGGUGCAAGCACUCUGGUUGACAUACAUGGGUGAGCGCAGCCAGGGAAGCCACCGUGACACCGAGUAUCACCUUGGCCUUGCCACAAGCAUGAUCAAGCCCGUUGUGGACCAGAUCCGAGCAGGUGCGAUUCCCCAACUGCGAAUCCUUAAUAUGGAGUCGUACGUCGUGCAGAUGGCGCAAUGCCGGAUUAUGGGAGUGGGAGAGGAGUGGAUCAAGAAAGUUGCCAAAGCCAACCCUUCAAGGCAUCAGUUGUUCCUUGUGCGCAAGGUCGACUGUGGCCCGGCCAAUGGUCCGAACGACGGGCAAUUACUCUUAGAAGGCGACAUCAUCUUGACGUUGAACGACAAGUUGAUCACUCGAGUGUCCGACUUUGACAUCAUGUACGAUCAGCAGUGGCUUGACGCUCUGGUGGUGAGGAAAGGUCAAGAAGUGCGACUGCGGGUGCCGACACUGCCGACACAAGAUUUGGAGACAUCGCGGGCGGUGAUUUUCUGUGGAGCUGUAUUGCAGAAGCCGCAUCACGCCGUCCGACAACAGAUUAGUAAAUUGCACUCGGAGAUCUACGUGAGCGCCAGAAGUCGAGGCUCGCCGGCGUAUCAAUAUGGACUGGCGCCGACAAACUUUAUCACGCAUGUGAACGGGGUCAUGACGCCGGAUCUCGAUGCUUUUGUGGCUGAAGUGAGCAAGAUCGAGGACAACACGUAUUUCCGACUUCGUGCGAUGACAUUUGACAAUGUACCGUGGGUGGUGACGAUGAAGAAGAACGACCACUAUUUUCCCAUGUCGGAGUAUGUCAAAGACGUCAAUCAACCAAACGGCUGGAAGGUUAUAUCGUAUCGCGGCAAGGGCAAGAGGGCCAACAGAGAUGAUGGAGCGCCGGUGACGGCUGAAGCCAUGGACGAGGAAGGCGACGACGGCAGUGAUGGCGACGAGGCUCCCGACUGUGGCCAUGUGGGCAACGGUGAACGAGGUCGGAUUCAUCGAUGAUAAGGGCAAGCGACUAAAGGACAAGUCUAGACGGAGGCGACGACAAUUGUUGCCCGGGAGUUGUCCAUAGCCUGAUCAUGUAUAGUACUCUACGAGAGCUGUAGUAAUUUCUAGAAGGCAGGACAGGCGUGGGAGAGUCCAACCCUGCCUGCGACCAAUGAUCAUGGAAGAGUGCAAGGAAGA